CCCGCCCCCGGCUCCGGCUCCAGCUCCACCUCCGGCCCCGGCCCCGGCUCCGGCGGCAGAGGGAGAGAUACAGCCGGUGGCCCCGGCUGCGGCGGCAGAGGGACAGGGGCAGGCGGUGGCCCCGGCUCCGGCUCCGGCUGCGGCGGCGGAGGUGGAGGACGCGAACGCGAACGCGCCGCCGCCCGGGGUGGUGAUGGUGGACCUGAUGGGGGCGCCGGGGACGCGCUGGGGGCUCGGCACCCGCCUCGCGCAGGCGCUCCUCGCGGCCGCCGCCAUCGGCUUCAUGGCCUCCACCGACGACUUCAACGAGGUCACCGCCUUCCGCCUCCUCGUAACAGCAGAGGCCUUGCAAUGCCUGUGGAGCCUCGCUCUGGCCGCCGUUGACGUCUACGCACUUCUUGUCAAGCGCGCCUUCCGGACUCCUCGAGCUACCACCAUAUAUUCCAUUGGGGACUGGGUCACGGGAGCACUGACCUUCGCUGCAGCGAGCGGAUCGGCAGGCAUCACCGUUCUCAUCAACGACGACCUGAUGAUGUGCUCGGAGAACCACUGCCCGAGCUUCAUGGCCUCCACCUCCAUGGCUUUCUUCACCUGGUUCGCGAUCGCGCCGUCCUGCCUCUUUAACCUCAUGACAGCGGUGUACCGAGUGCAGAGGGCGUAGUUUGUGGGGCUGUUUUAACGAACUAGGUGGCACAUCUAAUUAUAUAACCGUACUCAUGACCGAGAUGCGAUGGACGGAUGCGCGUCGAAUAGCGUAUAUUAUCGACAUUUCUGUAGUAAUUAGGUAGUAGCUUUGAUGCUCGGAAGGGUGGUUGUGAAGCUCUGCAUUUUAUUUUCAGCAGUGUAUGCAUGUAUGCCUUCUUAUUAUGUGAGGCUGGGCUGGUGGUUGUGAACUGGAGAUGAACUAACUGAUAGAGCUCAAGGUUGGUUA